AUGCUGAAUUGGUAUGAUAGCAAUGAUAAGGUUGCGGCACAAUAUAUUACAGAUGAUGGUGUUGAUGCACUGGCAUCAAAGCUUAAGGAAUUGAAGAAGGUUGUAAUCAAAGGUAAUGCUUGUUCCAUUACUGAUAAAUCGCUUAUUUCUCUAUCCACAAAUUGUGUGAAACUCAGGGGAAUUAAACUUUGCUUAUACGAUGGCGGUCAACAUUAUGUGACUGAAGAUGGCAUUGAUUUUGUGGUGCGGCAUAGUCCCAAUUUGACCUCUCUCUCCCUAAAAUCUCGGCCGCUGCAACCUUCUACAUUCUCUUUUACGAUCGGAAACCCUCUCACCCACGCCAAAAAUCUGCAUUCUCUCACCAUGUUUCAAGAACUCGUUACAGACAAACGUAUUUGUUCGGUCGCAAAAGCCCGUCCUCCAUUAAAGAAGCUCAAACUCGUUGGCUUCAUGGGUCAGUAUGACGAAAUCCAUGGGGCAUUAAAAUUGCUUUUGCAGGCAUGUCAAUUGACACUGGAAGAGCUAACCCUAAGAUCUUUUUGCCACGGAGACACAACUAUAACCGAGUUGGUUCAGUAUCUCCCUAAUCUGACGUCUAUAGAACUUGAUGAACAUUUUGGGUUAACCAGCGUCACCUUUUACACUCUCACAAAAUAUUGCCCUUUACUUGAAAAGCUAGUGAUGGCACGUCCGAAACAAGUGAUGGAUACUUCUUCUCCGGAAUACUUCCAUAGAAACUACCGAAUCAAUUGUCUGCACCUCACCAAUGUAGGCAUUGGGGAAGUUUUGAGGAGAUGCCCUGCGAUAACAAAACUGAACAUCAAUGAUCUUAAGGUUUCAGGACUCUUUGGGAGAUAUUCUGAUCACCCUGUGCUGAAUUUGAAGACUCUGAAAGCUCGCGGGACAGAAAUCGAUGACAAAGGAAUGGCAAUGAUUGGAAACAGGUGUCGAAAUCUCCAAUAUUUGGACAUCGAAUGCUGCAACGAAGUGACCGAUAGAGGGGUAAUGGAGGUGGUGAGGAACUGUGAAAGACUGAGUCGUGGACCUCACGAUGAUGUGUGGCUGCGGAGUGGUCCGAAGCAUCACGUGGCAAGGAGCCAGGAGGUUGGACAUGCUGGUCAUGCGGCUAGUGGCAUAGCCAGAAAUAAUGAGUAG